AUGGCUACGUACAACCUGGGCGUGGCCGGGAUCCUCGUGGCCGCCGUCGUUUGGGCCGAGGCCAACGCUCAGGUUCGCAGGACAACCGAGGGCGUCGCAAUCCUCCUCGCGGGGGUCGGGGUCCUCUUCCCCGUCUUGGGCACCAGGCUCCUCCGGGCGAAGCAGGAGCUGGAGGGCAAGGCGCUCGUGGCUCCCUCCGCGGCGGCGGCGGCGGCGGCCACGGGCCCCGGCACGAGCGGCAGCGUCGGGGACGCACUUCGCGGCGUGGGAGAGAGAGCCAUGGACGGCGACGAGUACCCCGAGCCCCGAACAACGACCCCGAGCGGAGUGAGCAGCGUGGGGGGCGUCGGUGCCGACGGCGUCGGUACGGGGGGAGGAGGCAGCGGCUGGCGGCGGAGGCCGGUGUCAAGGGAGGCUCCCGGCGGCGCCCGCGGGUCCGCCGCCACCUACAAGGCCGCCGCCCAGGGCCUGGCCCUCGACGCAGACUACGAGGGAAGCCCGCAGUCGAUCCCGUCGCCGUUGUCGCCGAAGGAGGCGGCGGCCUUCGCGACCGCGACCGCCGCUGCCGCCGCGGCGGCGGCGGCGGCGGCGGCGACGACGGCGGCUCUCGAUGAGGAAAAUGACAGCGGCGGCAGCGGGGCAGCGGGCAAGCAGGGCCGGAGGCGGCGCCCGCUGGAGGACCAGCCGAGGCCGGAGGCUCCCCCCGCCGCGUCCGUCAUCUGCGCGCGGCCCAAUCCCGCCGCCAUCGGUGGGGGGGGCGCCAUGGGAGCUGGGGGCGGGGGCAACUUCGCGACCACCGGGGGCGCGGCGGCGGUCGGGGGGGGGAGGUCAUCGGUGGUGGAAGACCAAUCCGCUUUCUGGACACCCCCGCGGAAGGGCCGGCGCGCGACGAGCAGCGUGGAGAUGAUCACCAGGAGCGCCGACGCUAUGGUGCUGGCGGCGGCGGCCGCGGGCAGGGCGAAAGGAACGGGCGGCUUGGGCGUCAGCGACGGGCGGGGAGCGUCACGCGGUGCGGGGCGCAGCAGAAGCAGUGUCGGUUCUCACCGCCGAAAAUCAAGCGGAGCAAGCGGCGGCAGUGGCGGCGGGGUCGAGGGAGGGGCGAGGCAGCCAGGACAGCGGACCUCUUCCGCUGCCAUGCUCGACAAUAUCCGCGGCGGAGACAGCCACGGAGGCGGCGGCGGCAGCGGCGGCGGCGGCAAGGGAACGAUGAGCGUGGCCAGCGGGAGCAGCCGUGCGAGCAGCCGCGGCAGGAGCGCCCGGUCGUUCUCCCUCUCCCAACACUCGGCCGGCAAGACCUCGCACCGUUCCUCGGGGACAACCAACAACAGGCAGUGCGCGUCGACCACAAGCGGAGGCAGCGCCUGUGGCGAGACGAACUCCGCCCGCUCCAGCAGGGACAGCUGGGCGUUCGACCCGAUAAUCAUGGCCAUCAACGGCUACGGCUGGGGCUUGGGGCAUGGGCAUGGGGGGUCAAAGCAGAUCACAUCGGGGGCGGGCGGAGGCGGGGGGGCGGGGCUGGGCGGCAGCCGUCGCAAGCAGCGAAAUACUUCCUUCAGCGGGAGCGCCGGUGGCGGCGGCGGGGGGCAACGGGGCUCGGGCAGGUGGACCAGCGGGGUCCGGCGACGAGGCAAGUCGAAGGAGAGGGCUGCCUCGAUGGCGGGUUCGACCGGAGGCGAGACGCGCAGCAGCGGGGUGAAGUCGCUGGUAAUGUUCGCGGAGUACGGCACCCGGCUCCACUGCCCCCACUGCAGCAAGGAGGUGGCCGGGUGCGGGUUCAGGGGCUGCUCCGGCUCCCUCAUCCGCAAGCCGAGCUUCAGCGACGAGUUCGGCCCGGAGGAGUCGUUCACCCUGCCCGCGCCCCAGCCCAUGCGGGCGCCGGCGCUCGGGGGCUUUUCUUCUGCGCUGCCCGGGGGCGGCGGUGGAGGAGGGAACUGUGGCAGCGUGCGGAGCGCGAGCCACCGGACGACGAGCGGGGAGGGCUGCGGCGGCGGCGGCGGGACCGGCGGCGGCGGGACCGUCGGAGGCGCGCACAAAAGCCUGCCGAUGGCGGCGGCCAGCCGCCUGCGGAUGAGCUUUUGCAGGGGGCCCUCCCCUUGCGACAGGUUCGACAACGAGAGCGACGACGACGACGACGAUGACGACGACGAUUUCGACGAUUACGAUGACUACGAGAGCCAGCGGUCGAACUUCGGGAUGAACUCCCCGACGUCCUCCUACGCGUGGGGCUGAGAAACGCUCUGACGGCGGGCGGGCUGGGCGGCCUGUCUAUCUGUCCCUUACCCUCUCCAUCAACGCCGCACAACGAGAAGCGGAGUGGCUCUUGUUCAUGACGCAUGUCGUGUGUAUGGCCUGCCUGACCUGAAUAACACAAGGAGGCAUUUUUGUUUUUGGGCAGUGGGGGGGGUUAGGGUGUCGGACAACAAAUCUUUCUGGUUCAACCGGUGCAUCUGCAGGCUCGUUGGUAUGGUGGGGGUUGCACUGCUGUUGGAGCUCUUGCUGGUGACGUGCUGCCUUCGUCGUCUUUUUGUUGUUCAGCAGCCGGCGGUAUGACGACGUCAAGGUUGUGAUAGAAGUGACUACUGCCCUUGUUGCGGCUUUGCUCGCCCUUGUUUCAUUUCUGUUUAUAUGUUGUGGAUUUUCUGGCUAAGGGGGCGUCGAAAGUGUGACCUACUUGCCGAAGGCUCUCGAUUCUCGCUGGAUGACGGAACUUUUUUUUUUUUUUGUAUGUGUUCUCUUCUUGUUCUUUUCUGUUUUACAGUUGUUCUCAUGCCAUUUCGUUCUAAAGGAACACGGAUAUUGUUGUGUGCCGUGGUUUCUCCUCCGCCGUAGAAGGGGUUAUGCGCUUCUCUUGGUUUUCGCGACGGGGGCGGCUGCUUUCCGCCCUGCGGUGGGUGGGAACGGCAAGUCAUUGUUCAGCAGCUGGCCGUCUUGCAGGUCGAGGCUGUUGUGUAGACUAUGUCACAAUUCCGUACUGUCAAAGAAAAAGCGAGAAAAAGUGGGUGAUCGGAUGUUCGUCUGCUCCUGUCAGAGGGGGAGGGUCUUACACGUACUUGUUUCGAUUCGUCCACGGGAUUGGUGAGAUGUGUGUGGCGUACGCUCUUGAUCUAGAGCCGCAGGGCUUCCAUUGAAUUCAUUGAGAAAGGAAAAAACUGGUGAGGUGUGCGGAUUGAUAGUAGUGCCUGUUACGGUUGGUGUAGCCAGGUGGAGGUAGUGUACUGAAGUUGGUUGAGCGCAACAGCAGCGUGUGUUCAAUUUUGCCUGCACUUUGUUUUUGUUUCUUUACUCCUGGGCAUUAUACUUGCGUUUUUCAUUUUUGGUUUUAGUUUUUUUUUGCCCUUCCAGGCGCGCGCGAGCGCACGGAGAAUGAGCGACAGAGAAAACUAGCACGGCACGCUACAAACACGCUUUGGUUGUCAGGGGAGGGAGACUUUACCGCCGAGUGAUGCAGAGGUGUGUUAUGGGCGGUUUCGUGAACGUUAGGCAACGGUGCGGGGCAAGGAGCCGGCGCAAGCAGAGUAUUCGAGGGAAGGGGGCUCUCUGUCUGGCAACGUCGCGUUCGACAACAGAGAAUCGAGGGGGGAGUAGAGAGCUUAACAUGCGUGUCGCGAGUUUGUUAGUAGAGCACCAGCACCAGCACCAGCACCAGCACCAACGCGCUGCUUUUCAUUUGCAAGGUCUGGAUACAUGCACGUCGUAGCGGUUCCCACCUGGACAUAGCUGCGUCGCGAUAGUGACGGCGGCUUCGGCUGUCGCAGGAAGUGAGAUUCUGCCGUGAGAUGAGAAUGACCCAACCCAACCCAGGCGUGGAGUGAAUUUCCACUGGUAUUUUUAGUAUCACCGCCGCCAGAUUAUUCGCUACUGUAGGGGGGGGGUGGUAUUGGGGUGAACAACCUUCGUUGCUCGUUCCCUUUGGGGGGGUGGGGUGAACGCACGCCAGUUUUUAGUUUUAGUGGCCGUAAAGGGGACGGCCCGUUCUUGCUGUUGUUGCCCGAUGUGGAGAGAAACAUUCUACGAGGGAAGGGGAGGGGCGCCGCUUCAAUGCGUACAUGGUUGCAUUUAUCCGGAUGCGUAGCAUGGAUUCACAGUGAAGUGUCGAAGUGUCGAGAAUGAAUGCAGCUGCCGGCCUUGGGGUCGCGAGUGCGUACUUGGGGUACAGCGCACGGCGGUACUAACACACUCAAGAAAAAUGAAAUUCCACGGAGCCGUGAUUUUCUUUUUUUUCGGUGUUGGCGCUUUUGUCUUUGUUUGGAAGCCUUAGAAACAGUUCUCUGUCCGUGUGUGUGGGUCAUGUCUCUGUGCUUCCUUUCGUCUUUUUCAACUUACGUUCUUUUUCGUCGUGUUUUCGCUGUACCGUCGCCGUUUUCGUUUUGUACCCUCUUUCGUCGUUUUCUCUUGUUGGACGAUGGAACGGAGACGACGCGGCGGGGGACGGUCUCGUUCUGUGUCUCUGGCUGCUUCAUCGUAGUCACCUUGUAUCUUGUUUUGUAGAUGGAAGAUUUAAGAUUGUUUGUUCCAUCUCUUCGUCUUGUGUGUGUGGUUGUUUCGCUCAGCGCAUCGUCGGUACAUGACGCCGCUGGGUGUCUUUCUUGUUGUAGUAGUUGCUGUUGUUGCUUUGUUGUUAAUGCUGCUGAUACGUGUGUCCCGCACCCGGGGGCAAACCUACUAUGUAAUAUCAUUUGCUUUUUUCAGCAGAUCGAAGCCGUCGUCGUCAGCAGCAGAUGCAUGUGCACCCGCACAGGACGUCGAAGUACACGCUUUUCCCGCCGCGGCUACUGCUGCUCCCAACGUGAUGACGGGGAUCGCGAGGCUGUCAUGCGGUGACACUCCCCGCUGUUUGUGUUCAGUGUUGGUUGUUUCGGCGCUCUUAUCGGCCGGUCGCUCUCGUGAUGAACGCAGGGAGCGGGCGAAACGGGAAGAUGUCUGUUAUGUAAUUUGCUUCGUAUCCGUGUAUA